GUCAUGUCAAUGACUUAUGAAACUUGGAUAUUUUUUUAUCCUAAUACUUACAAUUUGUAAUAUUUAGUUUAAUACACGCGUAAAAAUGAAUUUUCAAACGAACAAAGUUAGUCUACCUGUGAGGGUUAUGGUGAUAAAUCCAUUGAUACCAGCGUCGCAACUAUUUAUUACUAAAAUACUAUCGGGAGUAAUAUUUGGGAGAAGUCAAUUGGUUGAUUUGAUAUUAUUAGUUUAUGCGAAUGAAAUUGAUGCUGCUCAUGUUUUAGGACAAGAAUUGAUUGCUUGUGCUUUUCCAUGUUACAACAGCGUAAUUGUAACUUCGGAUUUACCAACUCUUGCAGAUGCUGAUGUGUUUUGUUUCAUGACUCAUUUUGUAAAUCCUAACAAAUUUGACUUCAAGGAGGAUAAGGAUUUAGAUAAAGAUAAAGCAAAUCAACAGUUUGAUAAUUUCUACUUGAUUAUAAAAAUUGCUACAAGUUUAGGGAAACCGCCAACAGAUAAAGGACCAGUUAAACCAGCUGUUGAUGAGGAUACAGGAGAGACAAUACAGCCUAGAAAGCCUAUAAUACUUACUGAUGGCAUACUGACUCUAGAUAUCCUGAUGAUUGUAGCAAACACGUUACCCCAAGAUGUAAUGUUGUUCAGCACAACGCCUUUAAGAUCUAUUGCAAAAAUUACUUUGAGCGAAUUCUUGAAGGUGAGAUGUUGCGACCUUAAUCAAGCUUAUGUUUGGGCUGCUAACGACACAGUGUUUCAUGCGGAAAUCGUGGAGCCUUUUCUUAUUGAAGAUAAAGUAGUACAAAGCCAUUGGUGUGAUUGGAAUGCAAUGUCCCCAGAAAUGUUGGAGACGCUGGGUUUGGAACAUAUUAACUUCAAUGCAUCCUGGAUGAAGAGAGAGUUCAUUGAAAAGAUGGUGACCUUCUCCAAGGCUAACCCUUAUGGCUCUAUCUUCAAAGCAGCAGAACUGUCUAGAACCUUGAAUGCCAUUUGGCAACCGCGUUGUAUCGAUGACAACGUAAGUACUUCAUAUACUAGCGUUGGAGUGAUCAGCGAUGGUUCAUUGGGCACGAUUAAAGGUAAAAUCCGGGGCGGCAGUAUACCUGUGGAGUUGCAAGUAAUGGCAGCUAUAAGAUACUGGGGCCGCCAUGAGAUUCAAGAAGACUGUGCGGAAAUUCAUGGCAUGAGCCAACAGACUUUAUCAAGAACUGCUAAAAGAGUUGCUAUUGCAUUGGCUUCGAAAAGUUCCAUUUAUAUUAAAAUGCCUUCAAAUUUAAGAGAAGAGACUGAAACUAUUCGGAAAUUUGAAGCAAUUUAUUUGAAGAUCUGUGAUAUAGUUUGCCACUGGAGGGGUAGUACUCAUGAUGCAAGAAUAUGGCGUGAGAGUUCCAUUAAAAGGAGAUUUGAAGAACGAGAAUUUAAAGGAAAACUUAUAGGCGAUGGUGGAUACCCUUGUACCCCAUAUUUACUGACUCCAGUACUGAGACCCCGCAACGAAGCAGAACGGCGGUACAACUAUAGCCACAUUCGCACCAGGAACCUGGUUCCAUAUUGCAAAAAGUUUCUUCAAGAGAAUGUUAUUGACAAAGCAUUUAUACCGGCUUUGGUCGAUAGUGAGACCACGAGCGUAUUUUCUUCUGUAGAUGAAGGCAGCUACAAUAGUGGUAGCGACUAACUAAGGAUGAGGAUCACA